AUGAGCGGCGAUCACCGCUUUCGCUGGACUUUACAACUCUUCUGCAUCCGUGAAUUGCUGAAGACGUUAUUAUUUCCGAGUGUUUCAUAUUGUUUCCACCUUAGGGCAUGUUAUGUAGAUUACGAGGAAUUUCUGGUGAAAUCACACGAUGGCAAUGAUUCAGGCAGACCAUUCCAGAGUAGCAUUUCUUCAUGUAUACCAAGUGUUCCUUACCGAACAACCAAAAGUGUGGAUUCAAGUGAUGAAAGCUUUUCUGAAUCUGAUGAUGACAGCUGUCUGUGGAAACGAAAACGACAGAAAUGUUUCAACCUUCCUCCUGCUAAAUGUGAGCCUUUUCAAUUUAGCCAGAGCCACCAAAAACAAACUGCUGUAGGUGGCAAGAAGGUCAACAACAUUUGGGGUGUAGUGCUUCAGGAGCAGAAUCAGGAUGCAGUGGCUACUGAACUUGGGAUUCUAGGCAUGGAUGGUAGUAUUGACAGAAGCAGACAGUCUGAGACUUACAAUUAUUUAUUGGCUAAAAAGCUGAUGAAAGAAGCUAAACAAAAGGAGGCAGAGACUUUAGAUAAAGAACUGGAUGAAUACAUGCAUGAUGACAAGAAAACAUUGCCAGCAGAAGAAGAAAAUGGGCAAGGCGUUCUCAAACGAAAGCGGCCUGUAAAAGAUAGACUGGGUGAAAGACAAGAAAUGAAAUAUAAAGGAAGGUAUGAGAUAACAGAAGAAGAUUCAGAGGAAAAAGUGGCAGAUGAAAUUGCUUAUCGGCUUUGUGAGCCAAAGAAAGAUUUGAUUGCCCGGGUAGUGAAAAUAAUUGGGAAGAGAAAAGCUAUCGAACUGCUUAUGGAAACAGCUGAAGUGGAACAAAAUGGUGGACUGUUCAUAGUGAAUGGCACUAGAAGAAGAACACCAGGGGGUGUCUAUUUAAACCUGCUGAAGAACACACCUAGCAUCAGAGAAGAACAAAUCAAGGAAAUAUUCUAUCUGGAAAACCAGAAGGAGUAUGAAAACAAAAAAGCUGCUAAGAAGAGGAGAAUACAAGUUCUAGGAAAGAAGAUGAAAAAAGCCAUUAAAGGGCUUAACCUGCAAGAAUAUGAUGAUGCAUCUCGUGAGACUUUUGCUAGCGAUACGAAUGAGGCUCUGGCUUCCCUGGAUGAUCUACAGGAGGGGCAUCAUGAAGCAAAGAUGGAACCUGAAGAUAUUAUUGAAAUUGAUAAUGCUCACGAUUUGGAGAUCUUCUAGUUACUAAUGUUCUUGGUAACAAAGUCUCUAUAAAACAUAUUAAAUGAGCCUUUCUUAUAAUCUCAUGGCUUCUUGUUUUCAUAAGCUGCAGAAACAUGGCUAAUAUUUGAUG